AUGUUCAACAACCCAAGUCUCUCGAAAUCGCCUCCGCCACCCCGGUCCGCGAACGCACCAAGAUCGCCGGCGCAUCCGCAGUUCGAAGAGCCCCCAGAAGACAACCUGCCAGAAGAGCGGCAGCCGCAGCCUGGAGACGCGCCCGACGACGACGAGAUACCAUACCCUGAACCCAGCUCCGAGCAGACUCUUCUACCUCCGCCAAACUUCAGGCCCUUCUUUGCCCUCGUAGAAGACUCAACGUCGGGCGAGCACUAUCAUCCAUACGUACAUUAUGUCUUCGCAGACGACGACCCUGUCAUCGUGACGGCGGCGUCGAUGCGUGGUCUGGGCCUAGACGAUACAAGAUACCUGCCACAUGAUGCACUAGAGGGGCAUGAGAAAGACCAAGACCAGGCCAGUGAAGGGAGAGAAGACCAGCAUUCGUCUGUCGAGUCUCCGCUGCCACCUCCCAUACCUGGCGUUAGAGAGCACUACCUCAUAGUUGAUGUAGGAGCAGACGGGCGUACAGUCGUCGAUGCACAGUCGUUAUCUUCGGCCUGGCAGAUAACAAACGCGUCGGUACGGACAGCGCCGUCCUUCGACGAGAGCUCGCCAGAUCAAGGCUUCAUGCUGCGAAUAGAGGGAGUAGAGGUGUCGAACAGAAAGAAGGGGAAAGCCAAGGGGCGCCCUGGUGACAACAUUCUGAGCGAGGCAAGAGAACGCAACGAGGGCGAUAUCUUCGCAGCGCUCGAUGGGCUCGUAGAAGGUAUCGAGGGUAGUCUCGCGGUGGCUAGCAAGAUCACAGGGUUCGGCUCUAGGGAGAAGGAGGUAGAGACACAGGCAGAGCUAAGGCCGGACACAGGAGAGAAGAGCGCGGUCGAAGAAACGUGA